AUGUCAACCACACACAUAGAGACCCACGUCCAGUACAACCACUCGUACAUGAUGACGGAGGACUACAUGGCACAGGAAGAAGACUGGGACCGCGACCUGCUGCUCGACCCAGCCUGGGAGAAGCAACAGCGAAAGGUAGGGGGACAAGGGACAAGGGACAGGGUGGGCAGGCUUGGACCAAGCACCAGGCCGUAGCGGACUUUCUGUCACCGGGAGAGGCGUCAAGGAUGGUCACGCAACCAACUUUUUACCAAGGCAUGUUUUGCUUUGCUGGUUCUUCGUUUCUGUUUGGUUCCCAUGCUGGUGGUUUAAAAAAAAAGGUGGCAAUGUUGCAUUCACAUAUAUUUAAAUAAGUUAUUGUGUGGCUAGAGAGUGUUUUUUUAAAAAAUAAUCCCAUAAAGCUGCUAAAAACAUAGAGGGCAGCUCUCCACAGAUGUCAUUCUGAAUAGGACAACCCUGCAUGGUUGUUUUAUUUCUGGAGACACCAGUAAAGGAUUGCAAGGGGUUCCAGGGCGCCAUUUUCCCUUGUGGGGCAGCGAAAGGCCUUGGAUGGACCUCAAUGGAAAUGAUGGAAGAUGGGCAUCGAUGCUUCCCAAAUUUAAGAGGUUUCUGUGGUGAUGGAAGCACUAUGACCCCCUCAAGCAGGCUGGAGCUGAUGGAAGUGGUAGCCCUAAACAGCUGGAAGGCUGCAGUGGCGAAAUUUACUCCAAGUGUCUGAGGAGGUCUUUGCUUCUCCGGAAUGAAUCGUUGCCCCCAAAUACUGUGUUUUCUUUCAUGUUCGCCGCCCGAUUCUGCACCAUGUUGAGGUUCUCGAGAACCCUGCGGGCCUUUAAACUAACAAGCAGGCAGUGCAUUGCAGGCAGGGGAGGGGGCAGCCCCUUGGAGCCAGCUGCCACCCCGGAGCAUCAGAUGCUGUUGGCUGCAGCUGUCCCUUGCCAUCACCCAGAUCCUUAUCCUAUAUGGAACCACAAGUGACAUUUUGGGCAGAGUACGUCAGAAGAGACUCACACCAGGGCCAGGGGUGGGUCCAGAAAGAAAGGGGGAAGGAGAGCAUAUGUCAGUGCAGUGGCAUCUAUCGAGGGCCCGGGCUGCGUCUGAGCUAUGCCUGGAAUGAUGGAGACCCAAGGGAGAGGGGAAGGAAUCGGCUAAAUAUAUCCGUGCGUGGCAGUGGGGAACAUGUCCUAAGCUAAGCUUUGAAAUAAUACCACAGAUGGGGGAUGUCCUAAUCGCAAAUGUUCAGGAGCAGAACAGUCCCAGGCCCUUUCUCCACCUUCGCAACAUAACUCAGGGCUGCAUAACCUCUUGGCGCCUUGAAUUUGGAGUGUGGAAAAAGCGCCAGGUCUGCAGGUGCAAAGAGAGAUCAGACUCGUUCACCACAUUGUCAAAUGAAAAGUAUCUGUGUAAGUCCUUCAGGGCCCCACCCAGAGAAAACUGCUCUAAGACUUGCAUCAAAGGCCGACGUUUCGCUGGGGCUUAUCUCUUCCCAUACCGACGCUACCGCAACUGAAAAAUCCACAUGUGACGAUGCUGCUCAGGGCUGGGAAGGAGGAAAUUCGCAAGCCCCGUCUUCUAAUAACAGUAGCUAAAGGGCCAGACCUCCACCCUUUGGUUCUGCCUUCUCUGCAACUCUUAAACAUACAAGAACCGCUCUGCAAGCCCAUGUGAGCUACCAGGGAGGCCAUCACCUGCCCAGGUCCUGGGACCACCAUGCUCAAAGCUGUCACAAUUUUGCGGGAGGGAUUCAAGCGCGUUCUGCAAUUAAAACACCGCAGGUCAACAAAUCCAUGUUUCUAAAAUCCAGCUGAACUGCUUGCAGUUAGGAAAGUGACAGGGAAAUCAUAGAUUGUAGAAUUGUAGAGUUGGAAGGGACCCUCAGGGCCAUCUGGCCCAAUCCCCUGCAAUGCAGGAAUCCUGCCUACAGUCAUCCCUGAAUGGGCUCGAACCACCAACCUUCUGGUUGACAGCCACACGCACUGACUCACUGCACCACUGGUCCACUUUAAAAUAGUGCGAUAAUCAUCGACAAUCAGGAAGAAGUAUAAUCUUAAGGCAAACAAUUCAGAACAAAUGCUCAAUAAAAAGCAGGCAUUGCAUAACCUCCAUGUAAGCUUGCGGCAAGGAAAUGAGGAUGACUGUUCAAUAAGUGGGUCAUCUGGAAGUGCCCAUAGAUUUUCCCCCUUAACCUCCUCCCCCUUGACACAAAAAGGCUAAUCACAAGUAUCAAUCCACUGCUUUAGUCAUGGGCCAAGUGACCGCCCCCCCCCAAGUCUGUCUCAUCCAGAAAAAACAUUAACACCAAACAAUCUCUUCGCAGGCUCCCUCACUGUCCUCCAGGUGUGCUCACUUAAAUUCUCACAGGUUUCCACAUAACGUAUUCUUACUGUGUUUUGCACCCUAAACAGACACGAAGAAGGCACUCGCUGUCAUUGAUUGGUAGGCCCAAAGCACACGAGUCUAAUCCAGAGAAUAAAGUGCUAGAUUUGAGCUCUGGGUUAAAUUCUUGCUUUGUUUCCUCGUGGACUGAGGUGGCAUCGGCCAUCAGACAUCUCGUUCUGGCUCUCAGCCUCAAUUCCCCAAUUGUUAAAAUAGAGGAAAGAGCAGCCUGCCUCAUAGAACUGUUGUUGCGCAAGUGAACCAAGCCUUGCUGCAUGUUAAAUGCAUAAUGCAGAAAUGGCUAUGUGGAGAGAAAAAUGGCACGCAAUUGUCAAAGAUUAUAACAUUUCCCCCUAUUAUCUAUCUAUCUAUCUAUCUACUAUGAAGAAAACCCUUGGUGGGGGAAUAAUGUGUUGUGAUUUCUGCACCUAGGCAGGAUUUAGAGAGUGAACAAUGAGAGGGGGGUUGUCCCUGUCUUAAGAAAGUAGUAACUUACUUCAAUAUGCAAUAAUCCAGCUCUGCUGUGUUCAUCCUGUACAUUUUUCUGGGCCAGCAGUGGGUGGGUGGGUACUCCAAAGUCUUUCCGUCAUUGGCACCACUGCCUGAGCACUUAGCAAGUAAAUUAGGGCUGUGGUACCCCAAGGAUAUCCCUGCCCCUCAGGUCAUGUUCUGUGCCAAAUAACUUUAGCAACAUCAACAAGCGAAAGGGUAAUGGUCUAGUUUGGUUCAAAUUUAUGGGGAAGGCUGUAGUUCAGGGGUCAGCAAACUUUUUCAGCCGGGUGCCGGUCCACUGUCCCUCAGACCUUGUGGGGGGGGCUGGACCAUAUAUUGGGAGGGGGGAAUGAACGAAUUCCUAUGUCCUACAAACCCAGAGAUGCAUUUUAAAUAAAAGGACACAUUCUACUCAUGUAGAACACGCUGAUUCCUGGACUGUCCGUGGGCCGGAUUUAGAAGGCUAUUGGGCCGGCUACUAGUUUGCCUACCUGUGCUGUAGUAGUUCAUUGGUAUAGCAUCUGCUGUGGAUGCAAACAGCCCCUGGUUUCAUCCUUGGUGUGUCCAGGUGAAAACUCUUGUUAAUACUGAGCAAGAUGGACCAAAGGUCUGAUUUUCUAUAUCCCUGUAAUGACAAAGACAAUGAGGAUUUUUUACGCAGUAUUUGAUUGGCAUUUUCAUGUUAAGAGUUAAGGACAGAGCCUCUCCCGCUAUGUUGGGGGACUUAAACCUAAGUGGCUUGAGAUCUCCUGAUCACACUAGAUUUAUGACCAUGUUGCUCAUUGCUAAGGCUGAAUUAGCCUUAGGAACGAGUCAAGUUUCACAUUAUGGUUCCUCCAGGCUGAGAGGUCCUUUUCCAUUGCUUCUGGCUUUUAGGGGGGAACUAUCAGAUCCAAUUCAUCCCCAAGGCCCCAUUAAGUCUGCGAGGGUCUGUUUAACCUACCAGCAGGCAAAUGCCAACUGAACAUCUCCCUUGCUUAAAACGUGAGCUAUGGCCUCCCUAAAUGACUCAGACUGGCCUUUCCCAGGGGUUUCUGCUGGGCUGCCUAACCCUGCACUUUUGAGGCCUGGGCACCGUUCCGACUUAUCUCAUUGCUGACAGUAUUUCCACACCUGUUCCUUUGGGCCUGCGACAUGGCUGAUCCUGCAGCCACUGCAGUGUCGGGGAGAGACAGAAGAGAGAGGAAGACCUCAUGGCAAAGUUGCACACCGUCCUUGAACACCGGCUGCUACUUAGAGCGGAACAGGAUCCCCAAUGGGUUUUGAGCAUCGCAUGAGAUAAGAGGGACCACACGUUUCUGGGGAUGGGCUGCUUGGUCCAUGUCCAUCUCCACCAUUGGAGGCAGCCUGCCUCUGAAUACCAUUCACUGGGAAUCACAAGUGGGAAGAUUAGCUGUUGCACUCAGUUCCUCGCAUUGGCAUCUGAUUGGUCAGUGUGAGCGUUGGGCAUUGAGGCUGAUCCAGCAGCCAGACUCUUCCCGGUGUUCUCACUGGUUUCAGCAGGUUCAUGUGAAGUUCCUACAGGCUGGUCUCCUUCCCCAAACUGGAAAAUUUUGCAUCUUCAGCUUUGCCCCUCUUCCACAAAGCCAUGUGUAUGCUAGGUAAACACAUGCAGUUAAUGAGAUUGUGGCAAACCUUGCAACGGGGCGGGGUGGGGGCGAAUCACUGAGGUUUCCAGAUAGAUCAAGGUUUUGGGCCAAGACUAAGCUGCUGUCCUAUUCUUGGGUGGGUGAGAACCCUGUUCUAUUUUUUGCAGCAUUUCCUGCAGCGCUUGUUCCCAAUGGAUGGCUGACGCUUUUGGGAAAGGCAUUAUUGUAGCCCACUAGUGUAAGAGCCCCUGCGCUGCGUGCAGAAGGCCUCAGGUUCAAUCCUUGACAUUUCCAAGUAGAGCUGGAAGAGCAGUCUGCCUGAAACCUUGGAGAGCUCCUGCCAGUCUCUGUGGACAAUACUGAGAGAAUGGCAGCUUCCUGUGUUCCUGUGCUGAACCAACCAACCUAUCUCACAUCAUUAAAUGCUCCCACUCUCUCGCACAUACCCGUUUCAAGCAGCUUUUCACUUCAGAUCGGGAUCUAUUGGUAGAUAUCCAAAUCAAUUGCAGGCGAUUGGAAAACUCAGUGGUUUAACUCAGGGACAGGCAACAUGGUGCCCCCCAGAUUUCCCGGACAACAACUCCUAUUAUGCUGGUUGAGGGUGAUGUUGUUGUCCACAACAUGUGGUGGGCAUCAUGUUGGCUACACUUGCUUUAAGAGUAGCACCAGCAAAAAGCCUUUUCUUCACUCCUGUUGAAAUCAAGAAAGCUUAUGGAAAAACAGCUCCGGAAGGAAAUCCUUGGGCUGAGCACAUGCGCUCGGAAGCACCUUCCUUCCACCUUGCUGAGCCACAAGGUGAAAAACAAAAUAGACCCCGCCAGCCUAUAUUUUCCCCACCCCAUGGUGUGGUGUCGUCCACUUUUAUACCCCAGUUGCAUGAACAACCAUCCAACAAUGAGUCAUAGUAAGGCAGAGAGAAAAGGACUGAACGCAGCGCCAUGUCCAAACAGAGAUUUGGGGAAUAUGGAUCUCCUGCAACAAUGUCCCUCCCUGGCCAUGCUGAAUGUGGUUUAAUACGGGCGAAUGAGACAUAGCUGCCACUUGCCAAUUAAGGAAGGCAGUAACUCCACACCUGUUGAGUUGUUCAGAUUCGAAGUGGCAAGGAGGACCUGGUGUGAACAAGAACACAGAGAGGCCAUUUUCCCCCCUUGCAAACGAUCACCCUUGAGAAAAUCAACUUUCUCCUCCUCCUUCUGUCCCUGGGAGCUUGUUCCUCUCUGUACAGCUUUACUGAUAUGGGAUUGUUCCUCUGCUCCUGCAGGGAGCCAGGGACACCCUUUCCUGCUGAUGCGAGAGAUCUGUGGGGGUGGUUUCGCAGAAAGGGGUAUCGGGUAGCUGCUGCUGUUCCAGAUGCCUUGCCCUUAUAAGGCUGUUUCUAAAAACUGCCCUGUGCCUGUGCUCCCUGCAAGGAGGCAAGGGGAUGAGCUAAUGGCAGUAUUUUGGAAGAGGGCAGAACUUAUUUAGGGUACGAGAAGGGUCUUCCUCUGCCCCCACCCUCCAUGAGAGAUGGAUGGGCAGGCGGAUGGCAAGGCCAGGCCUCCUCAAGAACAAAGUAGCUAUUUAAAGAGGCUUCCGUGGCUUGGGGCUAUGAUUCAUUGGCUGGAUGGAGUGGUUCAAUUUGUUGGGAGGUUGACUAGUCCCAGUGGCAUAGCGUGGUGUCAGGGGGCCAGGGCCCCGGGAGCAAAUAUCUGAGAGGGUGCAACCAGGUGUCACAUGACAGGCUCCCUCAUCGAGGCUGAAGCUGCAGGGAGACAAGCUGCAUCUGGGGUGGGCCUUUGGGGCUGGGGUGGCAGUGGCAGGUGCCUCAUUUUCCUUGCGGCCUGCGGAAGGGUGCGCCCCACACCUGGGCUGGCCAAGAGGAAAAGCGGGGGAGGGCAGUGGAGGAACCCACCGGGGGGGGGAGGAAGGUGGGAAAGCACUGUGAGGGCCUGCCCUCUCCCCCAGAAUUACUUUGGGGGAGUAUGCCAUGACUUUUCAGCUCUCGUUUCAAAAAAGAAACAGGAAAACAUGUGGGCUUCUUCUGUGGAACAUCUACAUACAUGUGACAUCCAUUGGGAUGCUUGAGGGAUCCGAUCUUUCCAAGUCCUGAUGCAAACGGAACCUUCUGGAUCAGUGUGCAGAUCAGAACUUAACUGAAUUUCAGCUCAGAAACAUGCAAACAUGCAUUUUUAAAUGUUUAUUUUAUUAUAAAACACAUCUGUAAUUCUUCACAACAGCUUAGUAUUGAUCCACACAUUAGUCCUGAGAGGUGUGGAUGAGGAAACUUUGUAUAGGAAUCCUCAAGCAUCUCUAAGUGGUGGUGCGCUCGCAAUGUACAAAACUGCCUAGUGAAUCCGUUCCACACGGACACUUUUGAGCACUGAAGGGAAGCAGAGUCCGCCUCUGCCCCUCUCCUCAGGGCCCCGAACCCUCUGCUUUCAAUUUCAUCAUCUCUUGGCUUCCGCAAGCAGUGAGCACUGAAUGGGUUUGUCAUGUGGGCUCCUGCCAGCUCUGUUAAUCCUAGUAAACAGGGGUGGUGAAUCUAGCAGGGCCAUUCCGGACCUAUGUUGACAAAAGCACCUGUGAGGAGAUGCCCUCUCGUGAGGCUGCAAAUAGCUUCCCAUUGUGAGUGCCAGACACACAUCAUACUGGGUGGAGUACCAUUUGGCAAGCCUACAAGCUGGGCCAACGCCAGAACAAUAGUCAGACAAAGGAUGUGAUAAACACUAAGCAUCCCAACCACUUUACCGAACUUUUUGAGAGCAGAAAGACAAACCACAUGGCGUCUUGCUGAGUAACAACAACAACACGCUUAAUAGCUUAAUAUGUGAACUUCCUAAGGGGUUUACAUAAAACACAGUAAAAUCAUUUUUGAAAAAUCUCUGUAUGUGUGUGUGUGUGUGUAUCCAAGAAAAAAGAGAACAUCCCUCAAUGCCAGUUGCAUACCCUCUAACAUUCCUCUGAUGAAAAUAGGGAUGUCCCAUUCCAUUAUUAUUAUUAUUAUUAUUAUUAUUAUUAUUAUUAUAUUUACACCCCACCCAUCUGACUGUUGCCCCAGCCACUCUGGGCAGCUUCCAAACAUAGACAAAAACAUAAUAAACAUUAAACACCUUCCCUAUACUGUACAGGGCUGCCUUUAGACGGCUCAGUAUCACAAAACUCCGGAAUUUCUCUGAUGAAAAUAGGGAUGUCCUAAGGAAAAGUGGGACAUUCCAGGAUCAAAUCAGAAACCGGGAUGGCUACUAUAAAUCCAGAACUGUCCGUGGCAAAUAGGGACACUUGCAGGGUCUGCAGUUGCUGGCAAUCACUGAUGCACUCAGAUCACACCAUAUGUUUAAAGAACAUGGCUUCCCCCAAAGAAUCCUGAGACCUGAAGUUCACCCCUCACAGAGCAACCAUUCCCCAUCCCCUUAACAAACUACAAUACCCAGGAUUCUUUGGGGGAAGCCAUGUGCUUUAAAUGUACGUGACCUAAAUCGGUUUUGUGACUGGCCUGAAGAAAGCGAAUGAGCUUCAGAGUCAAGGGGGGAUUUGAAUCUGGGUUUUCUCAGAUGUAGUCCAGAACUCUAACAAACCACACCGAACUAGUGUUGGAAACGAGAAAGCAGGUGCUCUUUGUGAUAUCUCUGCAUAGGCUUCCAGGGGGUGCCUGUCCCAUGUGUUUCCAUACUAUCUUCAUGUUUCGAUAUUUUUCUGUGUCAGGGGUGGGAAAGCUUUUUUUAGCUCAAGGGCCACAUUUGCUUCUAGGUAAUGUUCUGGGGGCCACAGACCAACGGUGGGCGGGGCCAGAGGCAAAAGCAACCAGAGCAAUGAAUGAGGAUUUAAAUUUUGCACAGCAAGGGGUGGAUCUACUAUGAAACUAACAAAGCUUCAGCUUCAGGGCCCCCUAAUCCUUGAAGGGCCCCACAAGUGACUUUAGUUCACAUUGCUUUAAAAAAAUUGGGUCUAGUAUAUAUUUCCACAAUCCCAAAGUUUGAGAGUCAGUACCACAGAUGCUGUAAAGGUGACUUUGACAUGAAAGAUAAUCCAGGACAGCAAUUUUAAGUAAAAUCAGAGUUGUUGUUGUUGUUGUUGUUGUUAUUUUUUAAUGUGGUGUUGUUUUGUGGAACAACCCCAUUGAAGAAGAUAAGAGUGGUUACCCAGACCUUUUUGCUAGUUGCAAAGGGGCACCCAUAACAUUUCAAGUUCCAGAGCCCUAAAAAUGUAGGCCCACUGCUGAGGCUAGCUUCUACACAUUCCUUAGCCACCAUUCUGGCAACCAUUGUUGGAGUUAAAGGAUAUCUUCCAGCCAAUAAUUUCAAGGAGAUUAUAAAGCAGGGCCCAGAGCGCCAGGUUGCCUCCCAGAUUGGGGGUGUUAUGUACUGAAGUUCUCACCCUGGGCCAGCAGGGGGAUACUGUAGAUAGUUCAGGUCCACAUAUGCAAAUAAGGGAUCAAAAGUGACGUUCAGUGAUUGGAUAGUAACAGAAAAUGGUUACUGUUGCGUUCUAGUUGAGCUCUAUAUAAGCAGGCUGGCUGAACCCUUCAGUUCAGUUCUGUUCUGGCCUGUGAAUAAGCAAGAGCUGUUUGAAGAAUCGCUGUGUCAUCUGAUAUGUUCACCCACAACUUAACAGGGGGCACCUGGCAUUCAAGUGUGUAUGUGUGACAUCGUGCAAAUGGUGAGCAUGCACAUCAUCUGCAGAAGGCCGGGCGCUUUGGAGGAGCUGGACAGAGGUGCGACGUGUGAUGCCAUGAUCUUGCGCAUGCGCAACACACACCGGGCCCCCUCAACAUUGAGGGGGCCUGGUCGCUUUCCAACAAAAAUUGAGGGGGUUGGAGACACACCAGCCCCCUAGAGUUGGCACACCUGGCAGGGCCAGUGAAUGGUGUAGCCUGGGAAAGGCCAGAGGACCAGAGAGAGAGGCCUAGUAGGCCGCAUUUGGGCCUGGAAUUCUGCACCACUGUCUCUGCUUGGGAAAUGGGGACUGGUGGGAUCCAGCAAGUGAUAGCCUUCAGCCUGACCCUGCAAGCCCAAGUCUCAUUGAGGCAAUCAUUACCUGUUGUGCAUGGCUGGGUCCGUAUCCAUGCCAGUUCAGAAAUCCCUAAGUGUGAAUGAAAACUUCUUCUUGUCUUGUGGCACCGUCAGAAACAUCUAAUGCCUGUUUGCUCUGUGAAAUAUACUUGGAGUCCUGUAGUGAUUUCAUGCUCUUUAUUGCAGCUUAUAAAACAGUGAUUGAAUUGUCCCCCAAACCUCAGGCUUUUACAUGCAUUAUUUACACAAUGAGUCCCGUCUGAUUGGCUGAUUCUGCUUCCCUCCCAGUGGCGUAGCGUGGUGGGUGCAGGGGGGCCGGGCGCAACAUCGGGGGGGGGGCGCGCUCGCACUCGCAGCUCUCUGCCCCUACCUGGCUCACUCACUCUCUCUCACUGCAGUGCUGGCUGUGCGAAUCCAAUCCGAGCCGCUGGGUCGCCGCCCACUGUGGAGGGUGUGGGUGCCAGGCGUGCGGUGCGGAGAGAGAGCGAGGGACUAUCUGGGGAGGGACAGUGCAGCGGCCGCCCAGCGCAGCGCUGAGCGCAGGAGAGAACCACACCAGACCAGACCAGGCAGCAGCAAGAAGAAGCUGGCAGCGGCGGCAGGUUAGGGGUUAGGGGGCGCAAAUUACUUGCCGUGCUGACAACCCACGCUACGCCGCUGUUCCCUCCUGGAGCCUGAUUGGUCUUUUCCUGCAGGCCAAUCAGUUGUUGCAUUCUACCAGCCUUCUAGAUGUGCCCUGGCAUUUGAAACAUCUUUCAAGCCCUAUCUGCUGGAACCUUCACAAACACUGUCUUUUGCGGAUUGCUCAGUCUCCUGUGUAUGUACAUGCACAGCCAUUUUAGAGCAACAACUCCAAGCUGGGAGUGCUCAAGUCCUAUGCACUCUUCCUCUCCUGGGUCGAGCUCUAAAACCCCACAUUACUCUACGGGGUUGAACAUAAGACUAUAAGAUGAGCCUGUUGGAUCAGGCCAAUCCAGCAGUAUACCUGUCAACUGUCCUGGAAGAAAAACAGGACACCCCAUUUUUUUCAUGCAAGAUCCCGGCAGCCAUUCAGGUGCCACAUUCUUGCGUUGCAAUCACCCCCCAAAAAAGCGCUUUUGGGGGGCAAGAUCACUGUGUGGGUCAUGUGAUUUGCCCAGGAGCGCAUCCCUGCUGUUUGGUCUGGAGGGCAUGCAGCUGUGUGUUCUCUCACAGUAGCCACCGGUCAACUAGAUGCCUGUGGGAAACUCACAAGCAGGACCUGAGCACAGGAGCCCUCCCCUCUCCUGGCAUUUCCAGCAACUGGUAUUCAGAAGCAUGGCUGCCUCUGAACAUGGAGGUGGAGCAUAGCCAUUGUGGCUAUGAAUUUUAAAGCCAUUCAAGUUGGUGGCCAUCCCCUGCCUCCUGUGGGAAGGAGUUCCAUAGCUGAACUAUGUGCUGUGUGAAGAAGGAUUUUUAUUUGUCCUGAAUCUUCCAAAUAACUGCAGGAAAAUCAGACUGGGGACCCCCUCCAGACAAGUCUUUUAUUGCGGGUUUAUUCCGCAACAUGUUCUUGGCACAAUAAUUAGUGGUGGAUUGAGUCUGCUUUAGUUUGUUCUGUGACGCUUCCCUGAUGCUGCCACAUUAUUGCCAUCCUGGGGGGCUAUAGGGCAUGGGUAGGCAAACUAAGGCCCGGGGACCAGAUCCAGCCCAAUCACCUUCUCAGCCUGCAGACAGUCAGGGAAUCAGCAUGUUUUUACAUGAGUAGAAUAUGUGCUUUUAUUUAAAAUGCAUCUCUGAGUUAUUUGUGGGGCAUAGGAAUUCGUUCAUUCCCCCCCCCCCUUCAAAAUACAGUCUGGCCCACCACAAGGUCUGAGGGACAGUGGACCGGCCCCCUGCUGAAAAGGUUUGCUGACCCCUGCUAUAGGGUAACAAAAGUGGGGGGGAAAUUAACCAGAACAUUUGUGGUAUUAGAAAGUUACAAGAUUUCACUAGGAAGUUAUGCAAUAUACGCCGAUAAGAAAUUAAGCAAGAUGUCUGCCCCAAAACAUUUGCAGGCAAAGAGUAUCGAAAAUGGGAUCAUGUGUAACUGCCCUGAUAGUAUAAUGAGCAGAAAUCGACCCACAAUAAAAAUGAUCAGGAGUACAGCAUGGACUGGCUAAUAUCCAUGUUCUCACCAAAAACCCACCCCCUGCAUCCUGCCACAGUUCUGUACCUGAAAAAAAAGUUAUAUAUGUAUUAAGGCAAUGAAUAAAUGGAUUGUGGAUGUAAAUAAACCAGGAAAAACAAAAACAAAACAUAGGGCAGUAGCUGAACCAGUAUUUGAUUUGCUGGUGUGUACUAUGGUCCAUACAACUAAGAAGAUAUGGGCAGAGCCCAUGACUGAGGGACAGAGUGUGAGCUUUUUUUGUAUCUGAUGUCUGCCCUCCCCCUAAUAGUGCAAACCUUUACCCGCUUAUCUGUGAGUAUGUGCCAUUGAAUUAAAUGGGAUUUACUUAUGAGUAGGCAUGCAAAAAGGAUUGUACUGUGCACUGUCUUAGGCCAGCAGAACGAGGAACCCUUUUCCAGUUUGAGGGCCAGAUUCCCUCAUGGCCAAGAUUUUGGGAGCCACGUGGCAGGGCUAGAACAACAGGUGCAAAUCUGAUCUUUGCCACAUUCCAGCCAGACAAAAGUCAGAGGUUUCUACACACAUACACAUGACACCACACACCUCUUUGCGCCCUCCUUCAAGGCAUUCUCGCAGGCCAAAGCAUUCAAGGAGGGCAUGGAACAGGGCAGGGGGUGUGUGGCCUGGAGAGACUCCUGAGAGUCAGAGAGUGCUGGAGGGCUGCAUUUGGCCACUGGGCCCAAGGUUCCCCACCCCUGAUGCGGUCUGUUGAUGGCAUAAGCUGAUACCACAUCAAAUUUCUCAGCAAAACUUUGCAGAACUUCCUAAGUGCCAGAAUCAAUGUUUUACAUGCCACAGUCCUUGUGUGCAGCAGUGUAGGUGCAGGAGAAUUGUGGCACAUUUAUGUGCCAGCUUCAGAUUUCUAGGUGCCAGGGUAACCAAGUGCCUGGGAUUUUCCCAAACUUUUAAGAUGGUUAUACCCACCUCUUUUUCAGCCUCUCCCACUGAUCUAUCACACUCCCACGGUUCAGAUGUACUGGACUUUUCAGGCAAGGGUGGCACUUUGCCUAGGCUCAUCCUCAGAACUUUGCUGAAGAAAAAUCAGGCUUGGCCAGGUGGGAAUCAGCUGUGCAGCAAAAGCUGUUAUGCAUACCUAAUUCCCCCCCUGCCUGCCCAUGUUGUCUGGCAGACACAUCAUAUUAAAAAUAUGGCAAACCAAAUCACUAUUCAUCAAUCGUUCAGUCUGACCUCCCCUCUAUGAUUGCACUGACAUAUCCAUCAGCAUAAAACAACAAAUCAUAGAAUCAUUUAAAAGCUAAAUAGAUGCAUGGAUGUAUACCGUAUAUAUAGAAAAUUACAACUUACUGAAUAUUGCUCAGGCAGAGUGGCAAGACGUCUUCAGCAGUCUGCACUGGAGAAACCAUGAAGAAAUGGAUGCUGUAGUUGAGAUUCCUGCAUUACAGGGAAUGCUCUACAAUUCUAUGAAAAGAAAAACAAUGUGAAGAUCUAACAUUUCAAGAGAUUUCAAAGUUCCAAGUACAGUACAGUGGUACCUCGGGUUACAGACGCUUCAGGUUACAGACUCCUCUAACCCAGAAAUCGUACCUCAGGUUAAGAACUUUGCUUCAGGAUGAGAACAGAAAUUGCAUGGCGGCAGCGGGAGGCCCCUAUUGGCUAAAGUGGUACCUCAGCUUAAGAACAGUUUCAGGUUAAGAACGGACCUCCAGAACGAAUUAAGUUCUUAACCCGCGGUACCACUGUACAUGUUCUGAUCAAGAUAACGUUCGCAGUUCCUCUCGGGCAUUCUCUGUUGCAUCCUACAAUAUCUAGUACAGUGGUACCUCAGGUUACAUACGCUUCAGGUUACAGACUCCACUAACCCAGAAAUAGUGCUUCAGGUUAAGAACUUUGCUUCAGGAUGAGAACAGAAAUCGUGCUCCGGCGGCGCGGCAGAAGCCGGAGGCCCCAUUAGCUAAAGUGGUGCUUCAGGUUAAGAACAGUUUCAGGUUAAGAACGGACCUCUGGAAUGAAUUAAGUACUUAACCUAAGGUACCACUGUAGUAGAUCUGGAACCUGGAUGAAUCUGUAACUCUUGAAAGCAGGCUUAAAGCAAGCAUGUAGGCCUCCUCUGAACUUCUGUGAAGCAGCCCCUCCACCUUCUUUUCCAAACAAACUUCCAGAACUGUCCUAUAAGAGCAGGUUGCUGAGCACACUCUAUGAUAGAGACAAGGGGACAAGGGAUCAGUUGAGAGGCCGGGGCUGGUUUUGCAAUGUAUCCUCCUGCUCUUCAUUACAACAGCAUGGCUGUUACACAUGCAUGGCUCUCUGGAUUGUGGCCAGGAUCAAGCAUGUGGCGUUCCCCACAAUUGUGGGCGGGCGGGAAGGAACUGGCAGUCCUGUUCCGCACCCACAGCGAUUCAGUCUAGUGAAGAACUGAGAAAAUAGGAAGCAGGGCUGUGCAGGGCUGCUAGACCUAAGCAUGUCUACUCAGAAGCAACUCCUGUUGAAUUCAGUGGGGAUUACUCCCAGGUAAGUCAGGUUAGGACUGCAGCUUAAAUUGUCGUGGGACUUUUUUGUAUUCCCUUGGGAACCACUCAGGGACUAUGGCAGGGAUGGGAGAACCAGCAGCCCAUGAGAUGUUGGACUCCAACCCAUGAACAUUGGCCAUGCCGGUUGGCGCUGAUGGGAGUUGGAGUCCGACCUUUGAAGGGCCACACAAGUCUUCCAUUCUUGGGCUACGGAAAGCAGGCAGGCAUUUAGAUUUAUAUCCUCCAAGAAGCUGGAAGGGGGUGAAAAGGAUUCCUCGCUACUUUAUCCUCACAACAACCCUGCAGAGUAGCUUAGACAGAGAGAGAGAGAACAACUGGCCUAAGGUCACCCUGUAACCUUGUUAGCCUGGUGAGAAUUUUAAGCUGUCUCUCCUCCCUCCCAAUGAUCCUGUUGUGCCAAAGUUCUGCAGUCAUUUUGCAGUGAAAACCCUGCGUUUUUGCAGCAGCCCUCAAAACAAGUAAUUGAGAAAUCAACCUGGGGUUCGUAGUUAACACCCCCAAAUCCAACAGUGUCUGAAUCACUUUAAACUGGCCCCACAUCCCAGCCCCUCAUAAACCAGAGGUGCCUCCUCUACACAUCUGCACAUCCAUCCAGGCUAGCAAGGCUGGGUUGUCAUCCUAGCUCAAGGGCGCUUCCAGGUAUGCAAAGGCACCCCAGGAGUACCCCAAGCAGGACCACGGAGGAAUGAGAGCCUGAGAGCCAAACAGAGAGGCCUGGGGGUCCGUAUCUGGCCCCCAAUCCAAGGCCUGUGGUUUCUCCACCCCCCUGUGUUGGACAGAGAGAGAGGCUCCCUGCAAGGAGGUACGAGAGAUCCCAGCCUGUUGGGAUUAAAUCUGUUGAAGCCUGAAUAUGCAGCCGUAAAUAUGAUUCUUGUGUUAUUAUUUGUAAUAAUACCUUUCUUCCAAGGAGCUCAAAGCAGUGUACAUGGUUCUCUUCCUGCCCUCAUUUUAUCCUCACGAUAACCCUGUGACCUAGGUCUCUGAUCCCAAGGAGCGAGUGAGCUUCUUGGCUGAGUGGGGAUUUGAACCCGUCUCUCUCCAGUCUAAGGCUAGCCACUGGGCCAUACUGCCCCCACAUAGAGCAGAAUCCUAGCCAAAGUGAAAUAUUUUAAAUUCCGAUUGGUUUCACUGGGAAGAGGGUGUUAAGUAUGUAUGUAUUUAUCUCUCUCUCCUGCUGGAGUUAUUGAGAUAUAAGGGAUUACACCAUACAUUUAAAACACAUUUAAAGCACAUGGUGCCCCCCAAAAUGAAUCCUGGGAACUGUAGUUUAGCCUCAACAGAACUACCAUUCUCAACACCCUUAACAAGCCACAGUUCCCACGAUUCUUUGGGGGAGGCUGUGUGCCACAGAUGUCCCAAAGCACAAUUACAAAUAUUUAGGGCAGUCAUUACACACGAUUCCACAGAAGGCUGACAGUUUAACACUUUUUUUAAAAAAGGCUUAGACUUGGGUUUAAAAAUAAAACAGGAUUAAAUUCAUUAUUGGUUCAACUGGAAGCUCAGCAGAAGUGCUCGCCUUGGAGCUUAAUUUAUUUUGGGUUCAAAAGCCAGCUAAUUCAAGUUACACAGUGGUUGCUGGGAAGCUUCCUGCAACAUUCCUGUCUCGAAAUUCUUGCCUCCGAGGAGUCUCUAGAAAUAGACUAAAGCGCAGACGCAGCUCAACUGUAUUUUUAUUUUUUUAAAUAGACGAACCCAUGCCUCUGUAAAACUGCCUAUUUUUAGGAGCGCCUUCUAUUCUGUUUGACGCUUAAAAUGCAUGUCUGCACUUUUUUUGGGAAAAUGAUAAUAAUGUUGUCACUCCCUUUAGCCAGGUACGACUCAAAAGGAAAGGGGACUGGGAGGGAGAAGGAAUCAGAGGAUUCAGGAAAGAUCUGAGGAGAGGACAAAAUGCAAUGGUGUUGUUGUUUUGAGGCAGGGAUGGGUGGGUGGGUGUAUGUGUAUGUGGAGUGAAUGUUGCUCUUCCCCACCAGAACUUCAGGGAGCAGAUUAGGCUAAUACAUCUAGAAAAGCAGGAGUGAGCUCUUGGACAUGCUGUGAGACUACUUUAUAGAGGCCAAUUGCCCCUUUCCCUGCUCAGCUUACUCCAUCCCAUUCCCACAAAUCUUAACAGAGGAAGGACUGUAGCUCAGAGCACCUGCCUUGCAUGCAAAAUGUCGCUGGUUUAAUUCCUGGUGUUUUGAGUUGGCAGCAGAGGGUGCUGGGUGCUGUAAGUCUCCCUUUCCAAAUGUGCAAUCCUGUAUCUAUGGGGGUAGAAGAAAGUGCAAGAGAAAGAUUGCCAAACCAGUUCCUUCCUCGAGGUAAUGACUUUGGCUCCUUGUUAAGCAUAGCGAUUUAACAUAUCCAAAGAAGUUGCUCUGUGCCAUAGAGCAAAUCAUUAUCAUUAUUAAGGUUUAUAUACCACCCUUCAUCAAAAGAUCUCAGGGCAGUUCACAGAAUAAAAUACAAGAUAAAUCACAAGUAGCCACCUCUCACCUGGCUGGUAGAUGCAACCCAGAGUUCUGCGUGAGAGAGCUGGAAGCUGGAAGAGACAUGCCUUGCUCUGUGGACUUGGAGCUCCCCCUGGAAACCUAAAGAGGAGAGCAAGAUGGGAGUGUUGAUGUGAGACCCUCCAUCCUAUGCUCAGUUUGUAAAGGUAAAAGUAAAGGGACCCCUGACCAUUAGGUCCAGUCGCGGAUAACUCUGGGGUUGCGGCGCUCAUCUUGCUUUACUGGCCGAGGGAGCCGGCGUUGUCCACAGACAGCUUCCAGGUCAUGUGGCCAGCAUGACUAAGCCUCUUCUGGCGAACCAGAGCAGUGCAUGGAAACGCCGCUUACCUUCCCGCCGGAGCAGUACCUAUUUAUCUACUUGCACUGUGUGCUUCUGAACUGCUAGGUUGGCAGGAGCAGGGACCGAGCAACGGGAGCUCACCCUGUCGCGGGGAUUCGAACCACUGACCUUCCCAUCAGCAAGCCCUAGGCUCUGUGGUUUAACCCACAGCACCACCCAUGCCCCAUGCUCAGUUUGUAUAUAAGUAUAAAUAAAACCAUGUCUCCUAAAGACACCACAGUCUCCACUGAUCCUCAUUCCAAGGAAACUGAACCCUGGGUAAGUGCAGGCACCCCAGAAUGUCUUGUUGUUGCUUGGAUAUUGUGGUGGCAUGUAACAGCUGGCAUCUCCAAACAGGGCUGUGACCCUUGGAGAGUCACUGCCAAGUCACUGUAGGCACUGCCAACCUAAACAGACCAAUGAUCUGAUGGGAUAAGGCAGCUUCCUGGUUUAACAUGAGGGUUCUAGCCCUCAUGUUGCUGUUUCCAAUAAAUAAAUGGCCCCCAACCCAUUUUUACUAUCUAGCGCUUCAUAGCCAUUUUCUGGUGUUUAGCUGCUCGUUUUUAAAGAAAAACACAACAGCAGGUUGUAAGGACCAUUCUAAUGUGGUUUCCACACAUUUGCCCAUUCCUCCGGAACUGCCGUCCUUUGUUCAUGUGCAUUUUUUGGAGAAUCCAGACAAUAUCCUGAUUCUGGUGCUUUAUGAGUUGUCCUCCCAUAUUUUUCCCCCUAGACCUGGUUUUGGAAAUUGCAUGUUAUGAUAGAACACAACAAAAGCCGACUCAUUAAAGGGCAUUUUAUACCUAAUCAAAAAAACGCAGUACCGAGUAGAGCAAAAAACCAAACCAAUUCAACAAACAAUGAAUGCAAUUCAAGACCAAUUCAUAGCGAUUCAAAUAUCAGAAACAGGUGCUGAGCACCAGCUGUGUGCCAGCAGAACCCCCAGACUCUAAAGCUGUUGGAAAUGUUGUGCUGACUCCCAGUUCCUAGAACAGAUGGAGAAAUAUAUAUUUUUCCAGAGGGGCCAUUUAUCAGUGGUGCAUAGGGUCAUAAGCAAAAAUGGGUGGAGCAAGUGUACAUUUCACAUGUGUACAGCAGGGUAGCUUCUAUCAACACACUUCCCCCUCUCUCUCCCUCAUCUAGGCAAACAAGGAGCGUUGUCAGAGCUCAAGGACACAUUCCAGCCAGGCAUAAACACUCACCGAGGGUGCAAAGCAGAGCUAGUGGGGUGCAUGGGUUGGGGGAGAAGGGGCGCGGUCUGAGGAAAGUCUCUUGGGUUACUGCCUUACAGGGUUGUUGUGGAGAUUAAUUGUGGAGGGAUAAAACCACGUGCACCACUCCGAGCUCCUCGGAGGAAAUGCUGGAAUGUAAACGCAAUUAAUAAAAUAACAAUAAAUAGGGGAGAAGUUGGGAGGGCUGCAUUUGGCCCCUGACCCCAAGAGUUCCCAUCUCAAACCGCUGCUCAGUUCAGAUUUUCCAGAUUCUGUUUUGUCUGGUCAUUGGACGUGUAAUUCUAGAGGCCUGCCUGAGUUACAUGCACACACAAAUGUUUAUACAGUAUCAGCUAUAUGCCAAGUUAAUCGCCAUGGCUUCUCCCAAAGGAUUCUGGGAAUUGUUGAAUUGGAGGGGAAGUUUCCCCUAACCCCAUUACUACCACUGUGGGCCCCACAAUAUCCUUGGACUGAGGAGACCUCUGUUAAAUCCUUGAAGUGUAGUCAGUCCCUAGGUAAGAGUUUCAAGGGAGCGCGCACAAGGUAAUGCGGAGAAAGGGCGGGGUUCAGAGUCCUCACCCGAACACCCAUUUUAAUCUGAAACUGAACCCAGAACCAGGCAGUCACACAAUGCAACAAAUGUGGCUGCCCUCUCGCUUCCAGCUGUGUGUUUGUUCAGAUUGUUCAGCGUACAGUGCUACCUCGGGUUACAUACGCUUCAGGUUACAUACGCUUCAGGUUACAGACUCUGCUAACCCAGAAAUAGUACCUCAGGUUAAGAACUUUGCUUCAGGAUGAGAACAGAAAUCGUGCUCCAGCAGCGCGGCAGCAGCAGGAGGCCCCAUUAGCUAAAGUGGUGCUUCAGGUUAAGAACAGUUUCAGGUUAAGAACAGACCUCUGGAACGAAUUAAGUACUUAACACGAGUUACCACUGUAUUCACCUUUUUAGGCAAAAGGCCCACACAAGGUGGCUUACGAUACAGUAAUGUAAAAUGAUACAACAAAACAAAAUGCAGCAACAAUUGAUCCAGUUGCCAGCUGCAGCUGCUUGUUGUGACAGCCCGCCAUGUGCCUGCCAUCGCCACGUCCUGCACUGUACGCUCUCUGCUGUACACAAGCUCAGUGCCCUGGGAUGGUCAGGAAACACUGCUCUUCCCCCAUCCUUCCCAUUCUGUUGGCGCCAGGUGGCUGGCCAUAAAUAUAUUCUGCACACUCAGGGCAUUGCAUGAAACUUGCUUCAUUGCAGGCACCUUGAGGGCCAGGUCUAAAUUUGGCCAGGCACCGGGGUGGGAGGCAGGGGAGCUGAGAUCAGGAUGCUGUGGAAUGAACUGAAGGCAAUGUGUGAUCCCAUAUGCUCCAAUUGGACCUGUUUAGUCAUAUUUCACACACAGAGAGGAACAUACCCACUUCUUCUCCAAAAACAAGGAACUCUCAGCCAGUCACCUGCUUCCCCGAAUAGCUGGAUGUAUUUAUUUUUUACCAUGAUUUAGAAACCAAUCACCCAGGAUGUGCAAGUCUCAUAGCGGUGUCGGUUUAACACCCACCUGCCAAGUAUAAAUGCCGUGUACAGUAUCUUUAUUUGAAUGAUCGCAUGCCCUCCAACAUUUCUAUGAUGAAAAUAGAGAUGUCCUAUUCCAUCAUCAUCAUCAUUACCAUCAUUUUAUGAUUUAUACCCUGCCCAUGUGACUGGGUUGCCCCAGCCACUCUGAAGCACUAUUUCUGGGUUAGCAGAGUCUGUAACCUGAAGCAUAUUUAACCUGAAGCAUAUGUAACCCGAGGUACCACUGUACAGGGCUUCCUUCAGAUGUCUUCUAAUGUUUGUAUAGUUACUCAUUUCGCUGGCUCAUACCUUCCAACAUUUAUCUGAAGAAAAUAGGAACAUCCUAAGGAAAAGUGGGGCAUGCCAGGAUCAACUGGGAUGGCUUCUGUAAAUCCAGCACUGUCCCUAGAAAAUAGGGACACUUGGAGGGUCUGAUAUCUAGAUGUAUUUAUUUUUUUACCUAGGGCUGCCAUAUGUCCAGGUUUUCCCAGACAUGUGCAGAAAUUGUGCAGGAAAAUGGCGUCCGGGUGGAUUUUCAGCAAAUUGGCAAAAUGUCUGAAAAACCCAGACACAUGAAAGGGGGGUGUUUAUAUAUAUAUAUAUAUAUAUAUAUAUAUAUAAUCAUUUGAAAAAUAAAAAAGGCCAAAAAUAAAAAAGCUCAACAACUUUGUCCAGAUUUUCACUUUGAGGAAUAUGGCAACCCUUUAGAAACAAAGCACUCCAACACCCAAGCUGUGCUGGUCUCAUGGCAGUGUCGGUUUAGUGCCCACCUGCAAAGUCUAAAUGGAGUGUUUCAGUAUCUUCACCAGGAAAUAGCUAGAUACUCCUUCUAGAAGGGGGAGAUAUUCUGGAUAAGGGGCAUUCCUUCCUGCAUCUCCACCCCAUGCUAAGUAAGCAAGGAGUCUGUAUGUAAAGGACAAUAGAUUGGCAGCUUUAGCGAAGCUGGAAAAGGACAUCAUUAAGAAGACCCAUUUGGUCCAGCAUCUCAUCCUCACAAUGGCCAACCAGAUUCCCCCAGGGAAGUCCACAAGAAUGGCCUGUGUGCAACAGUGUUCUUCUUGCAUUGGAGAUCCCCAGAAACUGAUAGGCAGAGGCUGAGUCGCUCUUUAGUUGAAUAUAACCCUCAGUAAUUACGGUGUGCGUGUUUUAUUUAUUUGUUUAAGGCAUGGGUAGACAAACUAAGGCCCAGGGGCUGGAUCCGGCCCAGUCAGAUGGUCCGGGAAUCAGCAUAUUUUUACAUGAGUAGAAUGUGUCCUUUAAUUUAAAAUGCAUCUCUGGGUUAUUUGUGGGGCAUAGGAAUUUGUUCAUUUCCCCCCCAAAAAAUAUAGUCUGGCCCCCCACAAGGUCUGAGGGACAGUGGACCAGCCCUCUGCUGAAAAAGUUUGCUGACCCCUGGUUUAAGGCAUCUUUAUGCUGCUUAAUCAUUAGCAUUUCAAUGCAAUCAUCAUAAAAACAGAGAUGAGAUGUGUAUGGGUUUUCGGUGACUCAGUUGACCAUUGCCAUUGUGUUUCCUGCAGACAUUCACAGCCUGGUGUAACUCUCACUUGAGGAAGGCAGGAACGCAGAUCGAGAACAUUGAGGAAGAUUUCCGGAAUGGCCUGAAGCUCAUGCUUCUGCUGGAGGUGAUUUCAGGUAUUAAAAAAAAAAAAGCUUGGCAAGGGUGAUGAUCUGUGGAGCUGCCCAGGGGCAAGAAAUGUGGAGCAGGGAGGUUGAGGCAAAAUUUGCAAGUCACUGACACAAUAAAACUUUUACAAUAUGUUCAGCUUCUGCCCUAAGACUCCAAAUCACCAAGAGGCAGGAUCUGCUACAUUUAAUUGGAGUUAGCAGUUGGUCUGUUGCAACCUCCCUUGUGAUGUUUCAUUUUGAAAUCUUUAAGAUAAUAUAUUAGUUUCCUGUUGAUGGUGUUGCUUUGAACAAAUACUUUAUAUUUGACUCUCCCUCAUCCUCCAUCUUCCCUCCUCUUCCUCUUCUCCCCAAAGGUGAAAGGUUGCCAAAGCCAGAUAAAGGGAAGAUGCGCUUCCACAAGAUCGCCAAUGUCAACAAGGCACUAGACUUCAUUGCCAGCAAGGGGGUCAAGCUGGUAUCUAUUGGUGCUGAGGGUGAGUGUUUUGUUUGGGAACUCAUUCCAGAGGGCUGGAGAUGUAACACUAAAAGCCUGGUUUGUAGUGCAUGCUAAGCACAUCUCUGGGGCAUGUGGUGCUCUCAGAGCCAGGAGUAGCCAGCAUGGUGCUAUCCAGAUGUUGUUUUCCAACUCCCAUCAUCCCCAGCCAGCACGGCCAAUGAUCAUGGAUGCUGAAGAACAGGUGUACAUGGGGAUGAGGUCGUUUCUUAGGUUAAGCUGUUGAGGGCUUUAAAUGCUAAAAGCAAAAGCUUAAACUGCAUAUUGGCAACCAGUACAGCCCUCUGAGCAGAUGGAUGUCCCACUCAACAGCACUACCUUUAUAGGUAAAUUGCAAGGUCCCCUUCAAAGAUCUGUACUGGAACUGGUACGAUUUAGCUUAUUCAUAAACAAUCUGGAGUCAGGGUGAGCAGCGAAAUGGGUAAAAGAGUGGAUAGUACCAAAUUAUUCAGCCUGGCAAAACUCAAAAAGUGGUACAUAAAUAAGCCCAAUAAUGACUGAAUCCAGACUUGCUUGCCAGAUGUUUUGGACAGACAUCCUUCCCCAGGUUCUGUCUCCCACAGAAGGAGAUUUUAUCUCCAAACAUGUUUGGAAUCCCUUUGGUGAAAAUCCAUGUCUCAUUUGUGUGGUUUUGUUGAGACAACUGAAACGAUGCAGGUCUGACCCCAAACACUGUGGUUCUCUAAGCUCCCUCCAUCCCCUCCUGCUUUUCCAGAAAUCGUGGAUGGGAACCUGAAGAUGACUCUGGGCAUGAUCUGGACAAUCAUCCUUCGAUUUGCCAUCCAGGACAUCUCGGUGGAAGGUGAACACAAGGGCACACAAGCCCCUCGCAGCAUCCUGGUCUGAUUUUUUAAGGGAAGAGCUGUUGGCUCGCUUGCUUUGCAUACAGAACAUCCUGGGUUCAGUCCCCAGUGGCAUCUGCCAGUCAGUGUAGGCAAUACUAAGCCAGACAGACCAAGGGUCUAACUCAGUACAAUGCAGCUUCUCCUAGGACCCAAGUGGAAAAGGGAACAGGACCAGCUUAAAGUCCCAAAGAUAAGAUGCCCUCGUCCUUUUUGCCAUGGUCCUCACUGCCCUUUCCCUUGUCCUCUUCUUUCUGACCGCAAUAUGCACUGCUGCAAAGGAGCAGGCAGGGAAGGUAGAGGCAGCGGCUGCUUCAUCUCUCACUCUGGCCUCUGCUCAGAAAAGGGAGCAACGCCCAGGCAGAUCAGCAACCAGGCCAGAAUGGGGAGCCUCCUGUUCUGGUGUGCCGACCCCCAGACAGCUGAUCAACAAUGACAGUCUCUGGGGCUGGUCUCCCUGCCCCCCUCAAUUGCAGAAGGCCCCAAGCUCCCAGCACCACCAGUUAAAUCCGCCAUGUGUCAGGUGAUGGGAAAGGGUGUUCUUUGCUGGGAAUCCUGAAAAGCCACUGGCAAUGGGAAUGGGCCGUCCUGCAAUAGGUGGGCAGGCUGGCAUGGCUUAGUGGUGCUGGAGCAAGUGCAUUGCAGGAAGGUGUAAUGAUGGGAAAGUAGAAGAAGAGUUUGGAUUUGAUAUCCCGCUUUAUCACUACCCUAAGGAGUCUCAAAGCGGCUAACAAUCUCCUUUCCCUUCCUCCCCCACAACAAACACUCUGUGAGGUGAGUGGGGCUGAGAGACUUCAGAGAAGUGUGACUGGCCCAAGGUCACGCAGCAGCUCCAUGGGGAGGAGCGGGGAAGCGAACUCGGUUCACCAGAUUAUGAGUCCACCACUCUUAACCACUAUACCACGCUGGCUGAGACUUUGGAGAGCUGCUGUCAGUCGAGAAUAGAAAAUGCCAUUUACUCUGAGCGGACAAGAGUAGGCAAGAGCCAGUGUCCCUGCCAGGCAUCAAAGGAACUCCUGGGUCUUAGCCAGCAUAGAGGGUCCACUGCCUGAGCCUUCCUUCCUUUCUUUCUUUCCAGAAACCUCAGCCAAGGAGGGGCUGCUGCUGUGGUGCCAGAGGAAGACUGCUCCCUACCGGAAUGUCAACGUGCAAAACUUCCACAUCAGGUAUGAGGAAGGGGAGGGGGAUCACACACAAUUUGGGGUCAGCUGCAUUCAUUGUUUGCUACACGCUUACAAGUGCACAGGCUGUGUAUAGCGAAAGAAGGUUUGGAACGACAAGAUUUCUACGCAGCCAGGAGACAAGAAGAGGAGGAGGAAUAAGAAGAAUAGAAUCAUAGGAUUGUAGAGUUGGAAGGUACACCAGGGGUCAUCUAGUCCAACCCCCUGCGAUGCGAGGAUCUCAGCCAAAGCAUCAGUGGCAGAUGCUUUUAUUUGACAAAUAAAAUGAUGACAAAUGAUUUUUGUUAGUUUGUUGAAUUGGAUUUAUUGCCCACCCUUCCCAGGGUGGCUUACAGCAAUAAAAAGCAUAACUAUGAAACAAAUACAAUAGUUACAAUGGCAGAACAAGAAAAAGUGUAAAAUAGUUCAAAUGAAAAGCAAUUCUGUAUAUAAACAAAUCCCAAUAUUUUAAAAAUCCUUCCAUAUAUAAAAACAGAGCUAAGGCAGCAGAGCCAUGGGACUCUUAAUCUCAGGGCUGAGGGUUCAAACCCCACGUUGGGCAAAAAGAUUCCUGCAUUGCAGGGGUUGGACUAGAUGACCCUUAUGGUCCCUUCCAGCUCUACAAUUCUAUGAUUCUAUGGCACUUGCCUGAUAGGUUAAUGGGAGGGGGUGUUGCAGGGAUUAAAUGAGGAGGCGGACCAUCUGCACUACCCUGAGCUCCUCAGAUGAAAAAGGCAGGAUAAAAAUGCAAUAAAAUUAAUAAAUAAACUUUCUGUUUGCCAAAGACAGAAUUCCCUAAAGGAAAACGGGGUGGAUUGGGGUGGGGGGCAGUCAGGGCUUUGUCCCUGGUUCCGUUCAGUGUGAGGAGCCUCCCCCAGUUCCCAGUUCUGCCUGCUUUGAGGCAAAAGAGCUUUUGCAGAACCCCAACUCUGCAAUAGGGACAUUUAAACAUAAAUAAAUACCACACCUACCAGCUGGAUUCAGCAUUUGUUUGCCUGACUGUUGGCUUGAAACUGAUGCAGCGCAGCUCCCUGGCAUGGAGGAACAACACCAGAGCUGGGUGCCAAAAGGGACUUGGCUCCUAGGCUAAUUUCCUGCAACCAGCCUCCUCUGCCCAGAGGGCAACAGGGCCAAUGUUCCUGCAGGAAGAAGGAAGCCAGUUCUGGCCAGGGGACACCCUUGCUCAGCCCGAGGGCCACAUUCCUUUCAGGGCAACCUUCUGAGGGCGAUGUAGGGCAGACCCAGAGGCAAAUGUGGCUGGAGCAUUGGAUGAAUAUUAUUAUUAUUAUUAUUAAAAUUUCUAUGCCGCCUUUCAUCUGAGGGCGGUUUACAAUAUAUAUUUUAAAAAAUGCAUAACAUAAUGACAAAGAAAAACAGUGUCCUCUUCCUACAGCUUAAAAAAGACCAUUGAUUGUUUAAUUAGCCAAAGGCAUAGGAGAAGAAGAAAGUUUUUGCCUGGUGCCUAAAGAUAUGUAGGGACACAUUUCAGCCAGGCAAAAGCAUCCCAGGAAGGCACAAAGCAGGCCUGUUGAGGGACGUGGUUUGGGGAGAGUUCCCAGGGCCGUAUAGAGAGGCCUGGAGGGCCGCAUCCAUUCCCUGAGUCUGAGGUUCCACUCCUCUCUAUGGACUAGAUUUGCUCCUUCCGCAAUGUCUGCUUCUGUUCCUCCCUUUUCCUCUUCAUUUGCACCCUGUGCCUUUCCAUGCCUGGAUGGGGCAGCCGCCAUUUCUCUGACAAAGGAUGUUGGACCAAAGCUGGAGGCCACCCAGACCCAGCUGAAGAGACCCAGGACUCACUCAUUCACUCUUUCCCUCUUCUCUCUCCAUGCCCAUGUGCUGCCCACCAGCUGGAAGGAUGGCCUGGCACUCUGCGCCCUGAUCCACAGGCACCGUCCUGACCUCAUUGACUACGCCAAGCUCAGAAAGGUGCUGUCUUCCUCUUGCGUCUUCCUGGCCACGCCCAUUCCUUUCAGGCUCUCUGCUUGCAAUCUCUGCGGUGUCUGCUGGCAUCUUUGUCCUUGAGUCAACCUGUGAUUUCCAGUACCCGCCCCCCUGCCCCGCCAAUCACCCAGCUAGAGCAAAUAGGGCUCUCCUUGUGGCGCUCAUUGCCAGCAAUCCGACCCCUGUGUGUCUGGGCCCAAAGACCCACUGCUUCGUCCCUGUCCACCAUUAUGAUGGGCAUUUUGCUAAGGGUGUAGCUCAGUGGCUGAGAGUCUGCUUUGCAUGCAGAAGAUUGUAGGUUCAGUUCUUGGUGUCACCAGUUUAACAGAUGAGGUAGAAACGGGGAAGACCCUUCUCUGCUCAAGACCCUGGAGAGCUAUCAGAGGAGAUGGAGACUGGUCUUGAUAGAUAGAGUCUCAGCAGCACAAAGCAGCUUUUCAUACCUGUAGCAAGUUCAGCAUGAGCAGCAAUAAGUAGUGUCUCAGUUAGGAGCUGUCCAUCUUCUGACUCAUCCUCACCUGUAACCCUGCCAGCUACUCCCUGCCAUGGUGUAGCGAUUCGUUCUGAGCAACUGUGUCUGUCUGUCCACAGGAUGACCCCAUUGGGAAUCUCAACACAGCCUUUGAGGUGGCUGAGAAGUAUCUGGAUAUCCCUAAGAUGCUGGAUGCAGAAGGUGAGGAGCCAGGCACCGUGCGUGUGUUUGUGUUUGAGUGAGAGAGUUGGAAGGGACCCUGAGGAUCCUCUAGUCCACAGUUUCAAAACCCUGGGUCGGCAGCUGUUUUUGGACUACAACUCCCAUCAUCCUUAGCUAGCAGGACCAAUGGUCGGAGAUUAUGGGAACUGUGGUCCAAAAGCAGCUGGGUACCCAAGUCUGGGAAACCCUGCUCUAAUCCAACCCCCUGCAAUGCAGGAAUAUGCAGGAAUAUGUCCCAUAUGGGAAUCAAACCUGAAACCUUGGUGUUAUCAGCAGCAUGCUCUAACCAACAGAGAGAGAGAGGUUUAGGGAUGAAGGGUGAUGAAAUGGGUCUGAAGUGGGAUAAGCACCUGUCUUUUGUAAGGGAGGCAAAUGAGCCUCCCAAAGGGCCCAAGAGCAAAUUAAGACAUCUUCCCCAGACCCAUCUGCUAUGCCAAACCCACCGCUGGUUUCUGCUGGACCUGCUUGCAAGCCACAGGCCAGGUAGCCUUCUUCUGAAGUGCCUGCUCUAUUUUUAAAAAUUUUUGGUAAAGUUUUUUUUAUUUUAUCAUAUAUAUAAAACAGAGAGAGUAGUUAUAGCAGCAGAUGAAAAUUAUAAGUUGAGAAACAAGACCAUAAAAUAAGCACAUAAAAUAAGUGCUGUUACACAUGGGUUAAGUAACCAAGCCCGAGUCGUGAUAGAAAAAAGUGAAAAUUAAAGUUGUAUUCUUGUAAAGUGCUGUUUUAUAUUAGUGCCAUUUGAUUGCCAAGUAUUGUCCCAGAUUUGUCAGGCUUUUGAUAAGGGUUGUCAUUAAAAUGAUGCCAAAUCAUAUAAAAAGCAUCUGACACUGAGCAUAGAAUCACAGAAUUGUAGAGUUGGAAGGGACCACAAGAGUCAUCUAGUCCAACCCUCUGCAAUGCAGGGAUCUUUCUCCCAGCUUGGGGCUCGAACCUACAACCCUGAGCUUAAGUCUCAGCUCUACCAACUGAGCUCUCUUGCCCUUGUCGAAAUAUCAAAUUAAGAGUGAUUUUUCUCCAUUGUAGCUGUAUUCCAGAGCGAGUAGUAUCUAGCGUUCAGUGUAAGAUUUUGGGCUGUUUUCCUUUGAAUUGUAAUUACCAUUUUGAACUGCCAGGGUUGUAUUUAAGACCAAUUCUCUUGGCAAUGUUUCCCCAUUUGCGCCAUCAAUAUAAUUCAGCAGCAUUAGCGAGUAGCCCUCUCUACUGAGCGCCUCGCUGCUCUCCUCCUUCAGCUUUUGUCUUCUUCCCACAGAUAUUGUCAACACCCCCAAACCGGACGAGAAAGCCAUCAUGACCUACGUCUCCUGCUUCUACCACGCCUUUGCAGGGGCAGAGCAGGUAAGCAAAAAGAAGCGGUAGCAGCAUUUCCCCUGGGUCUACAUAUCUGCAGCAGAGAACUAUGCUAGCCCAGUUCCUUCUUCCUUUUAGAAUCAUUGAAUUGGGGGUCUUCUAUGACAACCCAUUGCUCAGUGCAGAAUGCAUCUAAAGCAUCCCUAACAGGCCGCCAUCAAGACACAGCAUAACUGCCUCCAGCAAAGGAGAGCUCACCCUCUCUCAAGGCAGCCUGCAUUAGUGGUUGGACAGCUAUUACUCUUAGGAAAUUUAUAUCGAAGUUUGCUUGAAAUCUACUUCGCUGAAUUUUUUACCCAUUGGUUCCAGUCUUGCCUUCUGGAGCCAAAGAUGAUGGUAUUGAUGGAUUUAAUGGUGGUGGUAGCAGUUUGAGCUACAGACCACAAACAUGAGACAAAAUAUUUGAUUAUCAAGACAGCUUGGGGAAAGGUUAGGGCUCUAUGAAAGAGCAUCUGCUUGGCAUGCAGAAGGUCCUGAGUUUAAUCCCCGGCAUCUCCAUGUGUGGCUGGGAGAGUCUCCUGCCUGAAAACUUAGAGAGCUGCUGCCAGUCAGUGUAGGUAAUACUGAGCUAGGUGAACACAGUAUAAGGCAUCUUCCUGUGUUCUAGCCACAACAUAUUUAUAUACAUGCACAACAGACCGUGCCUUUUAAAAUAAGACUAUAGCAAAAUCCACAAUCAAAAAUAGUUUUAAAAUAGCAGAUAAAAACAAUACAGCCAAUUAUAGAGUCCGAAUUAAAUAAUUUCAAUGGGACGUCCCAUGUCCUGGAUUUCAAGAGCUAAUGUCCAUCAUUUAUUUUCUGCUUUCUUCUUUAUUACUUCCAAGUUUUCCAAUCCUGUUAUUGACCAUCCUCCCCUCUCAGUCAGUCAGUCGCUGGUAUAACUCUCUAUCUUCUUUUGUUUAACAAUUCUAUAUUUCUAUAAUCACAUAGGAGGCAAAUUUUCACACCAUGGGAAGUUUUUAAAGCUCUGAAUGCCCUGGCAUGUCUUUCACUUGAUGCCCACCAACUCCCAGUCUAAUCUAGAUGAUCUCUUUAUGCUUCCUCCCUGCCCACAGCUCUUUGGUGUUGUUAUUUACUAUUCCCAUUUCUAACCAGCAAGUGCAUUUCUCUUCCAGGCUGAGACGGCAGCCAACAGGAUCUGCAAGGUGCUUGCUGUCAAUCAAGAGAAUGAAAAACUGAUGCAGGAGUAUGAAAAGCUGGCCAGUGAGGUAUCUUGAAACUACCCGUGCGGAAGUCCCCAAAAGCAAUGCCCCUUUGACAUCUCCAGGCCAAUACCUUCCUACCAAGAAACAGAGCACUGAACUCAGAAGCAGAAUUCCUGGGUUCGGCUCACAGGGUCCAACCUGUCCCAGCAUUUAAUGCUUGUUUGCUUACUUCCCUUGAAGCUUUCGUGGGUCGGUGGGAGGGGAAUCACAGAUCCACACUUGCAGUGCUGUUGCAUCCAAGUUGGGUCAUGGCAGCAGCCCAAAGGUAUGAUAAAAGAUUAAGACAUGGGCCCCCAAAAUGGUUGUUUGGGCUAAAGGUGGGCUUCUAGGUCUCAAGAGAUUGGCAGCAUACAGGACAGCAUGUCUCGAUUCCGCAGCCCCAAACAGCCAACUAAAGCCACCUUCUGUUUCUUCCCGGUCAGCUCCUGGAAUGGAUCCGGCGCACCAUCCCAUGGCUGGAGAACCGUGUGCCAGAGAAGAGCAUGAGCGCCAUGCAGCGCAAGCUGGAGGACUUCCGGGACUACCGGCGCGUGCACAAGCCCCCCCGCGUGCAGGAGAAAUGCCAGCUGGAGAUCAACUUCAACACUUUGCAGACAAAACUGCGCCUCAGCAACCGCCCGGCCUUCAUGCCCUCCGAGGGGAAGAUGGUCUCUGUAAGUCACAGGGCCGCAGGUGGGCAUAGGGCAGGUGGGGUGUGAGAAACAAAGCUCCACAGAAGAUGGCUGAAAUAAAACCAUCCUUGCUUGCCAGUCUAAAAAAGCAAAAGCAGUGACAGGGCCAGUCUUCCCUUGGGAGGCUGUUCCAAGUGAUAGCUAGUCAGUUGGAUCUUAAUUAAGCUUUGGGGUCCCAAUGGAGACAGUAAACUGUGUCCAAGGGAGUGGAAAGUGGUAUGAGGUGAGGGGGUCAUUCCACUGAUUCCCAACAAAGCAGGCAAAAACUUGGCUCACGAGGGAAGGGGAAGUUAAGAAUCAGGCCCAUGGGCCAGAUCCGCUUCCCUACCCCGCUCAGCACAAACAGGUAUUGUAAGGUUUUGAAACGUUUCUGUUUAACAGAGGCUAAAAAUUGGGGUGAGUGCACAAGCUCCUGGUCCCCAACCAGGUGUAUACAAUGCCGUCCAUUGAGCCAGGGGGUGUCAAGAGUGGGCACAGAUGUGCCUGUAGGCUAUGAGCCCAAGUGGCAGGAAGGAUCUCUUUCCCAGGUUUCUGCCUGGGCACCAGCUCCUGGUGGGCACAGCUGCAGGCCCUGCCACUUUGAGGGGAGAUUCGAAUAACUGUAGAGUUGGAAGGGACCGUGAGGGUUCAUCCAGCCCAACCUCCUGCAAUGUGGGGCUCAAACCCACGAUCCUGAGAUUUAAGGAGCCUCAUGCUCUACCGACUGAGCUAGGCUGAAGCUGCCCUGUGUUUGCCUGCAGGAUAUUGCAAAUGCCUGGAAGGGGCUGGAGCAGGUUGAGAAAGGCUAUGAGGAAUGGCUGCUGACCGAGAUCAGGCGCCUGGAGCGCCUGGACCACCUGGCUGAGAAAUUUAAGCAGAAAGCCACCCUGCACGAGACCUGGACCAGAGGUAACCUGCCCGCAAUUGAGCCCCUCCCUCUAUUCCAGGGGCAGGAAACUGCUUUUAUAUCAAGGGUUCCGUUCCCUUGGGGAAAACUACAUGCCAGGGGUGGGUGGGGCCAAAAGUAGGCGGGGCCAGAGCUAGCAGUGGGCCCCCCAUUUUCUUUCUGCCUCCCAAUUCACUAUCCUCCCCCCCUUACAUUCUCUUUCACAUGUUUUUUAAGCCUAAUUAUGGGUAGAUUUUCAGGACAGUAGUGUUGAAGUAAGGGUAGCGAAAACACAGCUAAGAAACUUGAAUCGUAUAUAUGACUGACAGCCUUCUUUGGAAAUUAAACCAAUGUCCAGACUUUAACAUUCAAAAGCUUCCAUUGCAGAAAACUAUACAGAUAAAUUAAAACAUAAUGUUUUCAGUUAGGCCACACCUUGCCGCUCCUAUGAGAGAUUUCAACUUUUUGCCUUCUCCUGCAGCUUUGCUCCCUUUUCUUUCAAGCAGAGAAGAAGCGCUCCAACCCUCUAUUCAACUUAGCAGUGUUCACAGUGAAUUCUAAAACACAGUCAUCUCGCUUCACGUAAAACAGAGCCUCUCCUUCACUAAAUACCUCCCAUGUGAUCAGUGUUAGCCAAACACAUGAGAAAUACUAGAGCGCUCUAGAAUCCAGUUACCAACCAAUCAAAUUUAAACACAUGGUAAUGCAUAAAAGUAUUUACAAUUCCAUUGAAUUAAAUUGCGGUACUUAAUAAGUAGUGGCAGGAUUCACCUACCUCUUCCCAAAAGUUAGUGAAAGGUUCUCUUUCACUUCUUUUGGGGGGGACAGGGGGUCUGUGGGGGAGGGUUGGGGCCUAAGAGGAGAGGUCACAGGACAGAUCCAAAGACGGAGAUCCCCUCUCCUCCUGUGUCCAUCCCACUCUUCAUAUUCCACUCUUCAUUGCUCUGCUCCCAGCCCAGCUUCUCACCCCAGCUCUGCUUCCUCCCACCGCAGGGAAGGAGGAGAUGCUCUCACAGAAGGACUACGAAUCGGCAUCUCUGUAUGAGAUCAGAGCCCUGAUGCGCAAGCACGAGGCCUUUGAAAGCGACUUGGCCGCCCACCAGGACCGUGUGGAGCAGAUCGCAGCCAUCGCGCAGGAACUCAAGUGGGUGCCGAGGAGAGAGAACAUUGCCCUUUCUCCCUUGAGAUGAAAGUUGGGUGCUAGUUGAGGGGUCCUGGCUGCUCCCACUUCAACCCUUGGCCACCACUCCCAACCUCUCACUUCCUGAAGGCUGGAGGUUCAUGGCUCAGUUCUUAUGUGGGACUGGGGUAGCAAUACAUCUAUUGCAUGUCUGUCAGAAUCCCAGGGGUGUCUGAUUUCAUUGGGGUGGAAGGGAAAGGAGAGGAAAACUCCAAAUCUUGACUCACCUAAGAAAAGCCCAUCUGUCCCAGCAUCUGGUUCUCACAGAGGCCAAUCAGAUGUCUCUUUGAGGAAGCCUGCAUGAGCACAGCAGAAGCUCUCUCCACUUCUUGUACCCAGGACUAUUUUUCUAGAAAAAGAGGUGCUGGAACUCAACAUGAACACCUCCCUUGUUCUCUUAUAAUGGCAAUGUUGUCCACCUUAGAGGUACCAGAACUGAGUUCUGGAGAAUUGCAGCUGACAAAAAGUCCUGGUUAUACCCAGCAACCAAAUGCACUGGGUUCCACCCAACUUUGGGGGACCCUGGCAAGCAUGUGUGACGUCAUACAGUGGGAGGAGACCUAUUGCAGCUGCAGGUAAACCUGGUAGGGCCUGUCGUAGCUGUGGGAAGGCCCAGCGGAGCACACUGCAAAUCACAGAAUAUUGUGGGAGCCCAGCCCCCUCCUUGAAAAUGGGGGGGGGCCCCUCAGCCCCCUGACCCAGAUGACACCCCUGCCAGCAACUAGUAUUUGAAAGGCCAUCAACAAAAACUCCUGUGAUUGUGAGGAUCUGUUAAGAAAGGUUGACUCUUUGUGGAGUUUUAACUUCAGCAGGGGUCUCCUCUUUUCAACUUCUCAUACCAAUCCUUUUUUGGUGAAUUUUGGGAAGAGCUGCAAGAAUUUAAAAAGAGAGUCUUUGGAGGGCCUCCACAAGUCCCUCAUCCUUCUCUUAAAGGACUGCUGAGAUUCUCAGAUUGCAAAAUGCUUGUCUUGCCAGCCCAACAAAUGUGUAUGCCUUCUUGACCUUUUUAAAUUUCACUAUUGUGCUCCAUUGAAAGACAACCUUGGAGUUAGCAAUAAUGGGUUCUGCGCUUAAAGUGGUCACAUAGUUUUCCUGUUGCAUGGCCUUUGGGUGGCUGAUUUCCCAUUUGUCACGGUCCCUUGGCUGGGGUGAAGUCAGUCUCCUCUUGCGGGUGGGUGAUGGGAAAGGAAAGGUGUCCAUUCUGAUACUCUCCUGCGGGUGGGGAAGCCCGUAGCCUCAGCUAUGCACCCCUAAUCCUUGUGGCCCAUCACUACAGUGAGCUGGACUACCACGACGCAGCCUCUGUGAACUCCCGCUGCCAGGCCAUCUGUGACCAGUGGGACACCCUGGGGACACUCACUCAGAAGAGGAGAGAUGCCCUGGAGGUGAGGAAAGGGGCACUGGCAGGAUUUGGUCCCUUCUUCUUCGGUAUGAGGGAGGUGACUUUAUUCUCUGAUCCUCACCUUCUUUCCUCUCCUUGCCACCCAGCGUGUGGAGAAGCUGCUGGAGACCAUUGACCAGCUGUACCUGGAGUUCGCCAAGAGAGCUGCCCCCUUCAACAACUGGAUGGAUGGGGCCAUCGAGGACCUUCAGGACAUGUUCAUUGUGCACAGCAUUGAAGAGAUCCAGGUGAGGCGCAUCAGCAGGGCCAAAUGCUUCUUGAGAACUCCAAGCAAUUACAUUGGGCCUGAAAUUAGAGCUGGAGAAGGUACAGUACAGGUCAACAAGGGGUGUUGGAAGCAACUUCAUGUUGGUAAAAAAAAGGCUUCUUAGCUAUGAUAGAGGAGGAACAUGAUACAGGUUUAUAACAGUAUCAUGCAGAGAGUGAGAGCUAUCCAACAUGGAUGACUUUAAAAGAGGAUUAGACAAAUUAAUGGAGGAGAAAGUUAUUGAUGGAUGGCUGUGUUCUACCGGCACCGAAUACUUGUUGUUGGGAAUCACAGUUGAGCAGGGUGCCAAUGCACGUGUGUCCAGAUCACAAGUUUUCUGGAGGCACCUGGUUGGCCACUGGGGCAACAGGAUGCUGGACCAGGUGGGCUGUGAGCCUGAUCCAGGAAGCUUGCCUCAUGUUCUUACGAAGAGCAAUAGAUUUAGGCAAAGCAAAAGGAAGUAGAGAGCUCAUUUCCUUCUGCCUGCCGUACUCACCUGGACAGCAGCUAACUUUCACCCCUUCCUCCUGGGGCAGAGCCUGAUUACAGCCCACGAGCAGUUCAAAGCCACCCUGCCUGAGGCUGACAAGGAGCGCAUGGCCAUCCUGGGCAUCCAGAACGAGAUCCAGAAGAUUGCGCAGACCUACGGCAUCAAGCUGUCAGGCUUGAACCCUUACACCAACCUCUCGCAUCUUGACAUCGCCAACAAGUGGGACAGGGUGAGAGCAUCCUUUUAACAAACCAGCCCCACGGUGUGUCUGCGGGAGCUGUAUGAGAGUCUUGGGCAAAGGUAUUUGCUGGUUCGGGUCACCCCCAAGGUGCUGUGCUCCUCCAGACUCCUGGGGAUGCUGUCUUUGCUCCCUUGCUUGUGCUCCCCCUCUCAAAAGACACAGGAGAUAUCCAGAUGGGGUGUGUGGCUAUGGGGCACGAAAAAUAUAUACCUCCUCCAGGAUCAAAAGUAAUGCAACUCUGAAUACCAGUUGCUGGGGAAUGGUGGCAGGAGAGGGCUAUUCAUCUAUUCAUCCAUCCAUUUGUAUGCCGUCCAUCUGACUAGGUUGCCCCAGCCACUCUGGGCGGCUCCCAACAAAGAAUACAACAUCAAACACUAAAUACUUCCUGCUUGCCUGCUUCCCAUGGGGGCAUCUAGGAUGCUGGACUAGAUGGGGCCUUUUUAGUUUGCGGGUCUUACCUGGUGUUCUUAUGGGGGACCUGAGCAGACACCCUCCCCUCUGCCAGCACCAGAUUGUUUUCUAGAGAGGAAUGGAAAGUCCAUGCCAAAGCACAGACCCAUCCCCCGUUUGUUUAUAAAAUGAUUUACAAAAUGCCAACUCAUUAAAAAGAUAUGUUAAAAUAAUUAAAGAAAAAUAAAAUGAAGAACAAGUGCCCAACAGUGCAGAAAAUUAAUUCUCCAACAAAGCUUAGCAAGCAAUCCAUGUUUUCAGCAAGGGAUGACAUAUCAGAACUGUAGCUGCCUGUCUAGUUUCAGGAGGGUGUUUUCCAAAUCUCUGGGGCCUUGGCUGAUGCAGAAGCUAAACAAUGCUGCGGUCCUUCAUCCCUGAUUCAAUAAGUGACAAUAAGUCAAGAGCUCCUCUUUCCAGGAGUAGCUGAUUUAUUCAUUGAGCCUCUAAACCAGAUGUGGGGAACCUGUCAGGCCCUCCAGCUGUCAUUGGACUCCAACUCCUAUCAGCCAUAGUCAGCAUGGCCAGUGAUGAUGGGAACUGUAGUGCAACCACAUCUGGAGGGCUUUCAGGUCCCCUACCCUAAACAAAUGCCAAGAGGAACAUCUGGAGGUGUAAAAGACCUUGAGGUUCUCCAGCUGCCUUGAUGCAUGUGCUUUGGAAGUCCUGCUUUCAUCCUAGGCAGGAAAGGCUCCAAGUGAGGGGGCAAAGUACCUCCUAUCCUCCCAGGACUACACCCAACACCACACCAACCCACAUCUCCCUCCAGUAGGGUCUCUAAACCCCAAUUCUUAUGUGCAGAGUCUCUUUUAUCUUGCUCCUCCAGGUGAAGCAGCUAGUCCCGCACCGUGAUCAAACCCUGCAAGAAGAGCUGGCAAGGCAGCAAGCCAAUGAACGCCUCCGACGCCAGUUUGCCGCCCAGGCUAACAUCAUUGGACCCUGGAUCCAGACAAAGAUGGAGGUAAGGUCCUCUCCUGCCCCAUCUGCCAGGGCAAAAUGCCCUCAAGGACCUCAGCUGAGUGGUAGAGCUUUGCAUGAAGAAGCUUCUAAGUUCAGUCCCCAAUGGCAUCUACUGAUAGGACUGGGUGACACUCUGGCCCAAAAUCCUGGAGAACUGCUACUGAUCAGCAUACAAUGCACCAAAUAUUUGACUCCAUAUAUGGCAACUCCUUACCUACGCUCCUAUCUACCUAUAUCCCCUGGGAGAGAUUACUAGCUCUGUCUGGUGAGGGGGCUAUCUAGUGGGUUAGAAGCAGGAUGGGCAUUGGAGCAUCAGAGCAGGCUUGAGACUCCAGGAUGUUUGGACUGCUUCCCCAAGUCAGAAUCUUACUGCUAUUUCUUGACCCUUCCACCUUCCAACCCUCUGGACGCCACCCAUAGGAGGGAUCCAACAAAUGGCUUUGGACAGGGUGAAAUGGCCCUCUAGGCAACAGUUAUGGUUCCUCUCGUUACCCAAGAAGUGCUGACCAAAUGCAGCAGCUCUGUAAAGCUAAUGUAUAGUGAAUCUGUCUUUGCCAGUGACAAACGAUCACUUGUAGGGCAGAGAUAGCGAACCUGUGCUCCCCCCAGGUGCUUUUGUACAGCAACUUCCACCAGCCUGACUACUGGCCGUCUUCUCUGAGGCCACUAAGAAUUGGUACCCAGCCACACCUGGGGGGGGGCUACAGGUUCUCCCAGUACUGCUGUAGAGGAAGGGUGCCCCAUGAGAUCAGAGCUAUGCUCUGGGGUCUUUAGCUAACAGGAGGCUUCCCUUCUGCCCUCCCCUGGCAGGAGAUUGGCCACAUCUCUGUGGACAUCAGCGGGUCUCUUGAGGACCAGAUGAACCACCUGAAGCAGCAUGAGCAGAACAUCAUCAACUACAAGGCCAACAUCGACAAGCUGGAGGGAGACCACCAACUCAUCCAAGAGGCCCUCAUCUUUGACAACAAGCACACCAGCUACACUAUGGAGGUGGGGGUCUGCGUGUGCGUUACAGGGGUGGGGGCAUUUUCAGAAAUAAUUCCUGGGUGGGCUGUUAAGAUACAUAAAAGUCAAACUCCACGAUGCAUGGGUGUAAAAAUAAUAACUUUCAUAUGUUUGUGAAGACCAGCCAACUUAAGACUAGUUGCUUAGUCUUCCAAGUAGCAGCUUGCCUUCCUGCACAUAAAUAUAAGCAUUUUGAAGCAUGCAAGAUUAAAGAACUAUAUGAGUAUUAUUAUUAUUUACUGUGGUUUUAUAUUUGUUGGAAACCACUCAGAGUGGUUGGGGCAACCCAGUCAAAUGGGCAGCAUAUAAAUAAUACAUAUAGUAGUAGUUGUAAUCUACAAGGAAUACCAUGAGGAAAAUUGGAAAUUGAGGCAGAUAUUUAUUCCAUGACAAUUUGAAAUUCAAACUGGAACCUGUUUAGUGUGUUGGUAGUCUUAUUUGUUGGGGUUGUUUCCUUUCCUUUAAUUGUUUUAUCUUUCUUUUAGCUCUUAAAAGGCAAAACUGUACAAAGUGUGGGAUUGUACCAGGCUGAAUUUAUUGAUAGCAUUUUUGCUGAUUUGUUCAUACUAUUUUGAUUUUCAAUAAGUGAAUAUUAAAGGGGGGGGAUAAUUCCUGGCUGAACCCUCCCCCCCGAAUGGAUCUCCAGCAAGUAGGUGAAGGAUUGGGUGGGUGCGAUUGCCCCCCACCUCCUUCCCCAUUGCUUCUGGAUCUAAUUCUGCAAACCCCACUGUCUUUGACUGCAUGCAGCACAUCCGGGUGGGCUGGGAACAGCUGCUGACCACCAUUGCCCGCACUAUCAACGAAGUCGAGAACCAGAUUCUAACCCGUGAUGCCAAGGGAAUCAGCCAGGAACAGAUGAACGAGUUCCGGGCCUCCUUCAACCAUUUCGACCGGGUAAGGUGGCCUCUUGCAAACCCAGCCCUGACCACUCGCACACUCACCGCCGCUUCUUGCUUGCACACUUCUCCUGAGCUUAAUCCAACUGCAAGCCUCCUGCCAAAUUCUUGCCUGCACCUCCAGCUCACGCAGCCCUCACACCUGAUCCCUGCUGUUGUUCCAGCCAUGGAGGCCAAUCUAGAGCUGAUCAAAGGAUGGAGUCUCUGGUCUCUUGUCCUAGACCAAGGGUGAGGGACUCUUUUUCAGCCCAAGGGCCACAUUCCCUCAUGGGCAACCCAGUGGCAGGUAGCAUGAGAGGCAAAAAAGUGGGAGAGGCAAUGGGUGCAACCUUUGUACAAGAGGUCACACUCCAGCUGGGCAAAAGCCCACGCAGGCAAGCAAGAAGCAUGAUCAUAGGUCAGGGCACUUGAGGGGGGCAUGCAGCAGGGCCAGCGAAGAAAGGGAAGGGUCAUGCCUCAGGGAGAGUCCCGAGGGCCAGGUAGAGAGGCCUUGAGGUUCCUUGCCUUAGCCUAGCUAGAUUUUCCUCACCUUGGCCUAGCUAGAUUUUCCUCACCUUGGCCUAGCUGGAGGUUCCUCACCUUGGCCUAGCUAGAGGUUCCUCACCUUGGCCUAGCUAGAUUUUCCUCACCUUGGCCUAACUAGAUUUUCCUCACCUUGGCCUAGCUGGAGGUUCUUCACCUCGGCCUAGCUAGAUUUUCCUCACCUCGGCCUAGCUAGAUUUUCCUCACCUUGGCCUAGCUAGAGGUUCCUCACCUUGGCCUAGCUAGAUUUUCCUCACCUUGGCCUAGCUAGAUUUUCCUCACCUUGGCCUAGCUGGAGGUUCUUCACCUCGGCCUAGCUAGAUUUUCCUCACCUUGGCCUAGCUGGAGGUUCCUCACCUUGGCCUAGCUAUAUUUUCCUCACCUCGGCCUAGCUAGAUUUUCCUCACCUUGGCCUAGCUAGAGGUUCCUCGCCUUGGCCUAGCUAGAUUUUCCUCCCCUUGACCUGACUAGAUUUUCCUCACCUUGGUCAAGCUGGAGGUUCCUCACCUUGGCCUAGCUCAAGGCUCGCUUGCCACCAUCGCCAGCCCAUGUCUGCUCUUGAUACCAGCAACAAAGAGGGUGUGGCCGGCUAAUCCCAGCCUGGCCAACAGAAAAACUCUGAAGGAGUUGCGAGAGGCACAGUGGCCAUCUGUGAGGCGGCUGGGACUCCCAAGCCGCCCAAUGGCUACACAUGGCUUUGGUCUCUCUCUCUCUCAGCAACCGUUCAGAGAGGAGGCCAGCUCCAAACGAGCCACAAGAAAGGAGGACUUGGCUGUGCGCGGGGCUUGUUCACAGACUGUGGAAGGGCUAUAGUUCACAUGCAGAGCAUCUGAUUUGCUUGCAAAAGGUUAGGGUUAGGGUUCAAUCUCCAGUUAGUGCUGGGAGAGUCUCCUGCCCAAAACAUGGGUAAACUGUUACCAGUCAGUGUAGACAAAGCGGGUGAGGUGGACCGGAUGGUCUGUCUCGGUGUAAGGCCACUUCCUGUGUUCCUAUGAGGGGCGCCCAGUGCCACCAGUUUAAGGAGCGUUUCCCUUCAGGAGUGUGGAAUUUGGGGCUGGGGGUGUCUCCUUCCAAAUCAACAGCUUCUUUCCCCCUCUUUGCUCUUUGCAGAAGAGAAACGGAAUGAUGGAUCCUGACGACUUCCGGGCCUGCUUGAUCUCCAUGGGAUAUGACUUGGUAGGAAGCUGCCCCCUUUUGGGGUCCAGAAGGAUAGCUUUCCUUACAACAUCCGUUGGAGGGCAAAUUCUGUGUAGUUUAAUAUCACAAGGAUCUCCUGGUUUGCUUGAAAAUGGUGACUGAACCAAAUCCUUGGCCAUCCCUAGAUAGCAAAACCUGAGUGGAAAUGGGUAGGGUCUGCCCUGAGGCAGUUUUCAACCCCAUUCCAUGAUCCAAGGGUGGCUCUGGGUGGGAAAACUGGUCAGGGAUGCUGAAUGUCCCUUGGCAAGGAGCAUCCCUCCCUAUGUGACCCACAUCCCCAUUGCUCUUCUCUCCUGACAGGGCGAGGUGGAGUUUGCACGCAUCAUGACCCUGGUGGAUCCAAACAACACAGGCGUGGUGACCUUCCAGGCCUUCAUUGACUUCAUGACUCGUGAGACGGCUGAGACAGACACUGCCGAGCAAGUCGUGGCUUCCUUCAAGAUCCUGGCUUCAGACAAGGUAAGCGUUGCACCAAAAGAACAGGAGAAGUGGUGGAGCUAUCUCUUGUCCACAGAAGCAAAAUUAGUGUCUCUUGCUUAUUCAUAGGACCCAGCAACAUUAUGCUGAGGUUGAGUGAUAUUCUGCAGUUAAAAUUAAGAUCUAGGCAUUGCAGCAGAAUUCAAAGCCUUCCAAUAAUCUGUUUCCUCUCUUCUUUAUGUCUCCUCUCCUGCCACCGGGCACAUUUCAAGCCUUUCCUGGCAGGUCUAGAAAGUGUUUUUGCAGGGGGAAGUGGGGGGGUGGCUUCUUUCCAUUCAGGUAGCAGAGAAGAAAAGGCUAUCCUACCCAUUUUAGGCUCAGGCCUUGUUUGCCCCUGGCAUGCAGCCCUUGACAAACUGCCCCUAAGUGUGGGGAACCUUUGGUGCUCCAGGUGUUGCUAGGACCACAACCCACCAACAGCCAGGAAUGAUGGGAGGUGUAGUUUGACAACAGCUGGAGAACCCAAGGUUCCAUCACAGCUGCCCUAACAGAAAAAGGGUUCCUGGACUCUGUUAGUGGAAUAUUGCAACCUAGAACAGGCCUGCACGGUGUGCAAUGCGUCAACCACAUUCCAUUCUGAGCAAUCUUCUGUGUUGGGUAGCACCAGAGGCAAAAGUGGACAGAGCAACCAAAGUAAAAAAAAUAAAUUACCAUGCUACAGAAGGCUAGUUUCUAUUAGCUCAUCUCUACCCUCCAUCCAGCCUCAGAAGAGACAUUAUCUGAGUUUGAGGGCAUGUUCCUGGCAGGCAAAAAUGCUGGUGGAGGGUGCAAAGUAUGCCACCACAGCAUGCAGUCAAGGGAAAUAAAAUAUGGGUAAGGAUGUGUAAUCUGGGGGGGACAGAUAGGGAACCUCGGAGGGCCACAUCUGGCCCCCAAGCCUGAGAUGCCUCACCCUUGGUCUUUUGAGUAACAUGCUGUUCCUCCUUGUUUGAUCCUCCUCCCUGCUGCAGAACUACAUCACGAUAGAAGAGCUACGUCGGGAGCUGCCACCAGAGCAGGCCGAAUACUGCAUCAGCAGGAUGACGAAGUACACAGGAGCUGACGCUGUGUCCGGCGCUUUGGACUAUGUCUCCUUUUCCAGCGCCCUGUACGGAGAGAGCGACCUGUGA